UGGUUACCAUGAUAAAUUCCAGUUUGGCAUGCUACAUCUUGCAGAAAAUAAAAAGCUGGAUUUGGAUGGUGCAUCACCUGGAGAUGAUAUUAGUAAUGCAGCAUUAGCAGAACAGAAAACCAAUGGCCAGGAUGAGUUUGGUAUUGAUGAUGAUUUGUCAACUCUCGUGAACAGCGAUGGUUUUCUAGAGCAGAUCCUUCGGAAAAUUGAAGUAGUACAUAGUCGGGUUCAUAAGCUGAAAGACCAACUUGAUACGGUGAUGACGAAAAAUGAGAUAAAGUUUUCUUCCUCUGAGAAUUUAAUGUCACUUGAUGGACAGGCUAGCUCUAUUCGUAGCCCAACAUUCUCGGCAUGCAAUGGAGACGCAACAUCAGCUGGAGGUUUAUAUGCUACAUCUCAACAUGUGGUAGAUUAUGAUCUCGGAGAUUUCAUCAUGCCGGACAGUGCAAUGUCCAGCGAUGGAGAGGCUAUGCCUAUUCCUGACAUAAUAGAAAGUACAUUAGGACUUCUGUCCUCUGUGGAUGUCACGCAGCAGCAGGCACAAGUUGGAGAUUCAAGCGAAAGAAUCGUUGAUAACAUUCUCAUACAUAAUGAAGCAUUCGAAGUAGGAGGACACAUUUUGACGAUGAAUAAUGACAAAUCCUUUGAGAAGCAUCAAGAUGUGGUAAAUAACGUGGACGAAGAAAGCUUUAAUCCACCUCCCUCUGCAUCAGAACCUAAUGCAGCAGGUAAAGCAUCCGCAUCUCAGGAACAAUCAACACUGAAGUCGUGCUUAGCCUCGGAGAUUCAUUUUCCCAAAAACAAAAGAAAGAGAGGAGAGCGUAAAGCCGGUUCAGGUGGUUGGAAUCGUAAGAUGCCAGGUGAACCUGAUAGCCAGUGACUCUUAUAUAUGGUAGAUUUUUCGACUCUUUGAUAGCCUUAGUAGAUGCUUUGACUUGUUCAACAACCUCAUGAUAAUGGUGGAUGACCAGGAAAAAUGUGGGUAUCCCACACUUUCCAUGCAGCUGAACUGCUCAAAGUAGGCUGCUCAUUUGAGAUCUUCUCUACGUUCCACAGGAGUUCUUGUGGCAUAGUUAUGGCUUUUAAUUGAGGAUGCCAUACUCCUAUUUAGUAGUCAGGUAGAGCUGAAGUAGUUUGAAUAUCACCAUUGGUAGUGUAACUUUGUAGCUCGGACAGUGUAAUACCCUUUUGAAUUUAUGGAAGUAAAAGUUAUUCCAGCAA